GACCUCCAAGAUCGAGUCCAACCCAGCCCCAACCCCUCAACCAAACCACAGCACCCAGUGCCACAUCCAGGCUUUUUUAAACACAUCCAGGGGUGGUGACUUCACCACCUCCCCAGACAGAAAAUUCCACUAUUUUAUCACCCUUCCUGUAAAAAUCUUUUUCCUAAUUUCCUAAACCCAGCCUGUAUUUCCCUUGGCGCAGCUUGAGGCUGUGUCAUCUCUUGCCUGGAUAAAGAGCCCAACGCCCAGCUGACCCCAGACUCCCUCCAGGGAGUUUAGAGAGCGCCAAGGUCACUCCCGAGUCUCCUUUUCUCCAGGAUAAACAACCCCAGCUCUCUCAGCAUUCCCUGCCCGUCCCUGGCUCCCCAUCCCGGCAGGGCGGCGCGUCCCUCCCGGUGGCACCGUCCCGAAAGCGAAAGCGAAACCGCUCGGGAACCGCGACAGCAGCGGCAGGGAAGGGCCACGGAUCUCCCGCAGGAGAUCCCGGAGCUGUCCCCGGGCCGGUGCCAUGGCACGGCCGCUGCUGCCGCUGCUCUGCGCUACGGCCGCUCUGCUGCUGCUCCGCGCCGCCGCCGACACCGCGCGAUGCAGCCGCCCCAAAGCCGUGGCCAACGCUCGCAUCGAGGCUGGGAAUCGCACGGAGCUCAAUUCCCGCCUGCGCUACUCCUGCAAUCCCGGAUACAAACGGAAAGCCGGGACCUCCAGCCUCAUCCAGUGCAUCCUCUGGAAUGGCUCCGAGCCCCGCUGGACCGACCCCACGCUCCAGUGCAUCCGAGAUCCGGCUCAUUCCUGGGAAACCCCUGGCAUGGAGAGCACGACCCAGAGGGGUGAGGAACGGGAUUGGGAUUGGGAUUGGAGCCUGGGGUUUGGAAACCCCAACAUUCCCGUGGUGGGAUCCGAUUCACGCCGUCUCCUGAAAUCCCAGCUGUCGGAUGAGGGGGCGGAAAUAACGGAGCUGCUUUUCCAUUUUGGGAAUUUCAAGAUUUCCCAUCGUUUUCUCAGCAGGAAGAACCGAUGCCAGCCCGAAUUCCAGCCCGAAUUCCAGCCCGAAUUCCAGCCCCUCUCCAGCUUCCAGUCAGUCCCCUGUGCUGCCAGAUGGAUCCAGGCCGCUGGAGACGAUUCCAACACCGGACACAUCCACGCUGGGAGAGGGGAGAACCCCGCUGCCCAUCCCGCCCACGGAUCACGCUGCAGUUUCCAUCCUCUCUGUGGGCUCUUCCGUCGGUAAGUUGGGAAAAAAAUCGCUUAUUUGGGAAACGGGGGCUUAUUUAUUCUUUUUUAAAGCUUCAAAUCCCUUUUGGGAGCUGUGGGAGCUUUAUUCCAUGACCAACGGGAAUGGGAGGGGGAGGGAAAGGAUUCAGCACCCAAAUUCCUUCCUGGAAAGAAGAAUUCCCAAUUUUCUCCCUCUGGGGGUGGGGAGGGCACCUUGUGAUGGUGUUUGGCUCCUUCUGGAGUUAUUUUGGUGGAAUUCCUCGACUGUGGGUUGGGAGAUGUUCCUCACUCCGUGUCUCCAUCCCGCAGGAUUCCUGGUGCUGCUGGCCUCCGGAAUUGCGGCCGCCUGCUGCUGGAGGAGGAAGUAAGGAUGAGUUUUCCAAAGCUUCUGUGCUUUCCAAAGGAAAACCUUGGAAUGGCACCGACGCUCCUCUUCCCUCCGCAGGUGCACCAGGCAGGGCUACGCGGUGACGGAGACGGAUAUUCCCAUGGAAGCUCAUCCCGCCGGGAAUGAGGAGGUGGAGCCUCCCGUCGUCGUCCCCACAGGCUGAGCACCCGGCCCGGGGACACUCGGAGCAUUCCCAUCCCGAGGGAUGCCGGAGGAUGGAAUUCCGGCCGCUUCCCUGAGAGCAGCCAGGGACGCACGGCUGAACGCGGAUGGUUCCCAUGGAUGAUCCCAAAGGUGGGAUCUGGAGCUGGGAUUUGUGGGAAUUGGCCCUGGGGAUGCUGGUGGUGGGCAGGGAGAAGGUUGGGAUGUUGGGAUGGGGUUUGGGAUGAAGCUGAGCUGCCCUGCCCCAGGUAAUUCCCAUCCCCUGUCCAUGGAUAGACUUGGAUUAGCUGGAUCCCAUGCCUUUCCCAGCUCUGUCCCAAAUCCCAGGAAUUGGAUGGAAAGACCCAGCUGAGCAUUUCCACACAUCCUCAUCCCUUUCCUGUUCUCUUCCAGCCACUGAGCCAAAGGUGUUGGGAACAUCCCACCCUCACACACAGCUCAGGGAUCCUUGGGAAGCACUUCCAGCGCCGAUCCCGGCUCCGGAUCCCGAUCCCCACCUGGAAUCCAAGCUGGAGCGGCGUCUCCACGGACACCAUCAAGGACCAAAUAAUUUAGGGAAUAUUUUCCUUUGUGUGUUUCCCUUUAUCCAUCAGCAGUUUUUAUCCACUUGUUCCCUUAUCCAGGUUUUUAUCCACUUGUUUCCUCACACUCCAGAAAAGGCAGCUCUCUAUUUUUAGGUAGAAAUAAAUGUAUUUUAUAUGGAAAAUACACUCAGAUUUUUAACUGGAUGUCUCGGGAAGGAUUGGAUUGGGAUGAAUCCCGCAGCAUUCCCAUCGGACACCGCGGAAUCGAAGGGUUCAUUCCCAACCUCCGGAGGUGACGGCACAGAGGAGUUCUCGAAAAGCUUGGGAUGCACCAGCUGGAAUUCCAUGGAUUUUCCUGGCUGCUCCUGUCCUGUUUGUGCCUCUGAUCUGGGGCACAUCCCUCUUCCCAAGGAACCAGGAAUCUUGGGAGAGGCCAGAAGGGAGCCCUGGGAUGAUCCAACAGCCACUCCAGGCUUUGUGCUCCCAUCCAGAUCCAAGAGUUUGGGAGAAUUCCUGCCCACGCCGGGAACGCAUUCCCGGAAUCAGCUUCCAAAGUGAAAGGAGAGGGAGGGAAGCAGCUCCAUGGAAUCCAAUCCAUCCCAUGGAAUAAAAACCAGGAUGCACGAGUUUCCUGCAGCAGCUCCAGGCUGUGGCCAAGGGCAGAUUCCAAAACCACUUCCAGUUUUGGUUUCCCACAGCACAGA